AAGAGAAAACUAGGGUUUUGAUCUCUGCAACUAUAUUCUUUUUUGGUAAGUUUUACGGGUUUCUUUCUUUUGUUUUUUUUUUUCCGGUGACUUCGAGGAGGAGAUCACAGUUUGGUCUUGGAGAAGGUCUCGGUUAAUCUCGAUUUCGGCUGGAACAUCGUGAGGUUCCGAUCAUUUUUUCGCUUCCAUGAUCUAUCCGUCUUCCUGUCUCGUUCGAGGCUUCUCGGAAGUAGGGGACUGGGGGGGUUCUGAUUCCCGGAUUGGAACAGUUUUGGGGAAGGGGUUGGUUUGACGACUAUUCGUUGAUUUUUAAACGUUCCUCUUUUGAGAAAGGAAAACGUGAAAGUUCGAAGUUUUUGAUUAUAUUUCCGAGUUUGGUUCAAGGAAUUUAGGGUUGGUUUGUUAAGCGGAAUCCAAGAAUUAGGGCAUGUAUCGUUAUCUCGGUUAUAUUGAGGGAAUAUUCGUAUUUGAGCUCUGUGGAUAAUCUCAGUUUCGUUUUGGUUUCUUGCUUUAGUUCUGUUUGAUUUUUUAGCUUUUAAGGAAAAUUCUAUUUAUGGUAAAGUUGCGUUUACCUGUUUUAAGAAAAAGUGGGUGUUUUCUUAACUGUAGUAGGUUGGAUUUAUAGAUUCUUUGGGCAGAAAUUUUUCUUGGGGUUUGUAAGAAUCUUAAGAAACUCCUAUUUAUUUCAUAUGUGAUGAUUCAAUUACCUCCCUUUUGCUUUUUCGUCUGAAAUUUUCUUCUGGUUAUUGCUUUUUUGCUGCUUAUGUUGAAGCUUAACGGUUAUCUUUGUUUUUUUCAAUCCUUCUCGUCUAUUCUCGGAUUGAUUCAUAUCAUCCCAUUUAUUCAUUAAUUGUUUCUGUGGCUUCCAGAAAUUACUCUCUCGUUUCUGCCCGUCGGGUUUCAAUUCUUUUGAGUUUUGCCCUAAACAUACUGGAAGUUUUUACAUUCUUUACCAAUAUAUCAUUGUUCUCGGAAUCUUCCCUUCCGAAACGCUUCGUAACUGCAUUAGUUUUUUGCUUUCCUUGCCACCCAAUCUGUGCUGUAAUUUAAUUUUGCCGGGCGAAAAAUGGCUGUUGCCUUCACUCGAUUCUCUUGGUGGUUGUGGGGUGGAAAGGAUCAUGAGCCCACUGUAUCUUCUGGUUCUUCUUUGAAUUCUUCAUCAGAUUUCGGUAUGCGGGAAUCGGAGACUGUGAAAUUCCCUUCUGUCAAGGGGGGCAAGAUGUCUUCCACUUCGAGAAGGAUUAAGCGGAAAUGGCACAGUCGGGAAGAACGGAGAAUUGACAGGGAAUAUGACGUGGUUUUGGUUCCACCCGAUGGUGGAUGUUUGUCAGGGUCUGAAUCAGACGAUUCGGAUUGGUCGAUUGGCUGGUUGGAACCUCAUGCCCCUGAUUUCCUGAGUGAUGAUGAGGCAGAGAACAGUUUUGCUGUCCUUGUUCCAUGCUACGGACGUGGUCGUAGGGAGAUGGUGGACAAUUCAAAGAAUCAGAUUUUGGGUGCUCUCGGAAACCUUCCAAAUGGGUAUUCUGCUGAUGGCAAAAAAUAUAUGGAACAAUGGCUGUCUUCUCUCCAAAACAACUGAGAUUCGGGUCCAUGUGAUUGCUAUCAGAUUGGCCCCCUAAAGAAAUGCUGCUGCUACUUCUACCAUUUGGUUUGAAGAACUUAUCUUGUUUCAGAUAAAAAAAACUAAAAAGAAAAGGAAAAAAAAAAUCAGUAAAGAAAUGGGCAUAUAAGAGGCUGUAAGAUUCAUCAGCGGAGGAUCAACUUCUGUCAAGGCUACUAAACCUAAUAUCAUUUGGUUUCAAAAUGAAUGCUUAUGAGAGCAGAAAAACACGAAAAGAAGGGGCAAAAGAGAGGUUGCUUUCAGGGCUUAAGACCCCCUUGCUUCUUUGGUUUAAGGAUUACUAAAAACUAUGGAUUAAGUUAAUGUGUUGUGUUCUGGGGUUGUAUCUUGCCCUUGCUCUCCUCCUGGAAGUGAUUAUGAUGAAAGAUGGAAGGAGGCUUCUAUGUCUAUUGCAAAUUCUUUAAUGUAAAUAGCAUUGCUGUACAUAUGGAAAGCAUAUCUAUGCUUUUAACUUGUAACUACUGUAAAUAAUACAUGACCUAUUUUUCUCUGUUGCUC